AUGCCCGGGUCAUUUGGGAACCCGUCAGGGCUUCAAAUUGUCGGUGCAGCCGCUGCAACUUUGGCAUGUGUGCCCAUCGCGACCGCUGCUGCCCUACGCAUGAAGUACGGUCCCACGGUCUUCGAUGAUCUGAAAGCCAUACGGAGGCAAAUAGCAUUAAGCAAAACUUUAACUGAAAUGAGAAGGAAAAACGUCAAGCUGAUCGACUUCUUUGAAUCCCAUGCGAGGGAAAUCCCCGAGAAGGUUUUUGUGUUGUAUAAAGAUGAAGUCCACACGUACGGAGGAAUUGACGAUGAAUCCAACAAGUUCGCCAAUUUCGCCCUGAGGAGCGGGGCGAUAGACGGCAAGCCCACGGUAGCAAUCUUCAUGUUCAACGAGCCAAACUUUGUUGUGUCAUGGCUGGCCUUCAACAAACUCGGGCUGACGACUGCACUCUUGAACUACAAUCUCAGAGGGGAUGUUCUGCUACAUUGCAUCAAAACGUGCAAUGUGAAGGCGGUUGCUUGCGGGACAGAUUCCCGCUUAAUUGAAGCUUUACUAGCCAUCCUGCCUGAACUAGAUGCACUCGGGGUACAGGUUUGGAUUAUUGGCAAAACCUUGAGUGUGGAGCUUCCUUCUGGAAUGGUUUAUGUCGACACUUUGAAUGAAUGUAGCGACCCUAUACCGAGAAGUCUACGCGAUGAGGUCCCAAAUGAUACUGAUGCACUGUACCUUUUUACCUCAGGGACAACAGGUCUUCCAAAGGCAGCCAGGAUACCAUACUAUCGUCAGCUAAGAGGAUCUCAUAUACAAGCACCUCUGGAACUGCGUGGAGAUGACGUCAUUUAUGCGCCGUUGCCUCUGUACCAUAGCUCGGCUUGUAUCCUUGGCUUCUGUAAUGUUGUGCGAGUUGGUGGUACAAUCGUCCUAAGCAACUUCUCGGCCCGUCGGUUCUGGGAUGACGUCAGAAGAUAUCGAGUCACAGUGAUUCUAUACAUCGGAGAAAUAUGCCGCUACCUCCUGGCACAACCAAGGCGUGAGGAUGAUGGGAAGUACAGUCACACGAUCCGCUAUUUAAUGGGCAAUGGUCUCGGUCCUGACAUAUGGGGAGAAUUCAAACGACGUUUCAACCUCCCUCACAUCAAUGAGUUCUAUUCUGCGACUGAAGGAACGUACAUAACAAUAAAUAGGGACGGCAAAGAAGGGACUGUAGGGAGAUAUCAUGGUAUUUUAAAGGCAUUAACGGACAUUAUUGUAAUAGUGCAGUGCGAUUUGCAAACGUCUCAACCACUUCGGGGCACAGACGGUCACUGCCUCAUCUCCCCAUCAGGUGAACCAGGAUUAAUGUUGCUGCGAAUCACUCAAACUUUGCCAUUUGAAGGAUACUUGGGGAAUAAAGAGACAAAUGAGAAGAAACUUGUGAGGAAUGUGAAGAAAAAUGGAGAUGUUUUUUUCAACACGGGAGAUCUGAUGAUGAUCGACCAAGAUGGAUACGUAUAUUUUAAAGACAGACUUGGAGAUACAUUCAGGUGGAAAGGUGAGAACAUUGCAACGACGGAGGUGGCGCAUGUGCUGAAUCUACACCCAAGUGUUCAAGAAUCAAAUGUUUAUGGUGUGCAGGUCCCAGGUCAUGAUGGCCGAGCAGGCAUGGCCUCUAUGGUACUCAGGAAAGACCAACAACUGGACCUGAAGAGCUUAUACGACCACGUGACCAAGUCACUGCCGCUCUACGCGUGUCCAAAGUUUCUACGCAUCCUGAAAGAGAUGGACAUCACAGGGACGUACAAACACAAGAAGACUGACCUGGCCAAACAGGGGUUUGACCUCAAUGUCAUUUCUGACCCACUUUACUUCAUGAAUAUUGAGACCAAUACGUACGUGCCGCUGGAUCAGGACGCUGUGCUUAAGAUUGUAGUUGGCCAGGCAAGGCUGUAG